AUGUCCACGAACGCUUCUCAGUGCGAUAUCAGUGGGGCUGCUUCUACGGCCCACGUAGAACCAUCAGGAUUGAAGAAGAUACCACCCUACUGGUACCCUUACACAACGAUGGCAAAAGGCCGUUGGCUCGGCCGUGAGUUGUUGGAAGUUGUCUCUACAGAAUUUCGUGAUCGGUCAAUGGAGUAUUAUAGAUAUGCUCUCGAGUCUGGUGUCACGACCGUCAACGGCCAGGUGGCAAAACCCGAAACAAUCAUUCGUGACGGAGAUCGCAUUGAGAACGUUGUACAUCGCCACGAGCCCCCAGUGACUUCAACACCCGUGAAGAUUCUCCACCAUGAUGUAGAGCGCGAAUUUAUAGUCGUGGAUAAACCAGGCAGUAUCCCCGUACACGCCUCAGGUCGUUUCUACAGAAACACCUUGAUUGAGAUCCUAGAGAACGAAUUCAAAUUCAAGAAGGCGUACCCCGUGAAUAGGUUGGAUCGGCUGACAUCGGGGUUAAUGAUUCUGCCGUUGUCAGUCGAGCGUGCUCGGUCUGUUUCUUCCGAGUUCAUGGCAGGAACGGUCAAGAAGGAGUAUGUGGCACGUUGCAAAGGCGAAUUCCCGGACCAGGAAAUUGUCUGUGAACAGCCGCUCUUGACGGUCGAUCGGCAAAUGGGCCUGAACAUCGUUCAUCCUGAAGGCAAACCUGCGAAAACGAUCUUCAACAGGAUUCGGUAUGAUGUGAAUACUGAUAGUAGUGUCGUCCGAUGUCGUCCACUCACGGGCCGCUCCCAUCAAAUUCGAGUUCACCUCCAGUAUCUCGGUUUCCCCAUCGCGAACGACCCAGUCUACUCUGAAACAAAGAUCUGGGGCCCGAAAUUGGGUAAAGGCGGUAUUGAUAUUGUGCCUAGUGAAGAACGGGCAGCACCUGCUCCGCCGGCUCAUCUACAGGCCAAAUUAGAAAUGGAAGCAAAUCCGGAAAUCAUUUCCACAAAAGAGCAAGGCGACGGAAACAGCAAGGGUCCUGCACCUAAGCUACUUCCGCGGGAGACAGGUCAUGACAUUGGCAUGGGAUCCCCAGUGCCGUUAUCGUCUGAGGCUGUUCAAGUCAUCACCAACUUGCGAAAUAUGAAGGAUGAAGAUGAAGACUGGAGUCGCUGGCGCGACGUCGUAUUCCGGGCCAAAGGGGCGCUGUCACCGAAGGGACUAAUCAUCAAGCCACCGCCCCCUCAGAAUAGACGACGACGUGGCGGAGCAGAGCUAACCCGCAAUCGUGGAGAUAUCAUGAUCAGUCAGCCAGACUCAGAAGCAUCGGCUGUCGAGACGCCGCCCGUGGUCGCCACCGACAAUUCAUUCCAAACUAUUACCCCAGAUACAACCUCUGCUCCGCCACCGCCGCCUAGUUCCGCUCAGCUCACAGACGACGAAGUAUUGGCCAUUGCUUCCAUGGAGCCUCUCACGGACCCAAGCGAGCUUGUCAAGUCUAACAAUCUAUAUUGCCCAGAAUGCUAUUUGCCGCUUCAUCCAGAUCCAAAGCCGGAGAAGUUGUACAUAUUCCUACACGCUCGCAAAUAUACGACAAGUUUAGGAUCAUUCGAAACAGAAAUGCCCGAUUGGGCUUCGGAAGGAUGGACUUGGGAUCAGUCGUAG